CGAAAAUACACAAUUAAGACAAUGCAUCGUCUUAUUUCUAGUCUGUUCUGUACUCUUGGUUCCUUGAGCUGCCCCUCGUUCUUAUUUAUCGUAGUGACCAGUUGUGAUGAGACUGAUGAGUAGAUUGGAGUGACUUUAUGUACGUGUGGGGACUUUUUACACCCACAAAUGUUACUAUUUGGAGGAUUGUGGUCGGAGAGAGGUGGCGAUUGGCCAAUGGGAAUAUUGGAGAGAGAGGAAGGCGAUGAGGUGAGGUUUGGUUCGGUUGACUUCCGGUAAAUGAGCCUUUAUGAAGUGGUGUGACUGUUGAUUUGAUCUUUCUAAUCAGUUAUAAACAGUCUUUGAUGAUUAUUAGAGGAUUGAGAUGGCAUUUAGAUAUGCAAUGAGGAGUCUCUGUAAGAUGAGAGGGGUAACCAUGGUGGGAAUCGGAAUAUUUGCAAAAUGCGAGGGUUUUGAAACUAGCGGUUUGAAAGAGGAGCAGCGCGUUAAGUUUCAGGUGAAGGACUUUGAAAAACUGUCAUUCGAUUAUCUCAUAAAACAGUCUAGCAUUGAGGCAGUUAAUAGUGCCAGCCAGGCACUUACUGUCACAUAUUCAGCUAUUGAGAUCACUAGCAAUGAGUACAGGGAACUCUUGGGGCAACUGAUCAAUCUGAUGGAGGAGACAAUGAUUACCGAGAUCAGUGAUGAACAUCAAGAUUUAAUUAUCGAAGUUAGGCUGGAGAUGGAGAGCAAGAAAGAAGUUUUGACUCGACUCCUAGGGUACAUGGAAUACGUCCAGGAAAUGGCAAAAGCGGUGACGAACGUAAGUUUUCUCGCUGGAAUGGAUAAUCUAUCAAUUUCGUUGUCUGAAAGGAUGGAAGAUGCACAGAAACAAAAGGAGAGAGAGGUUUGUGACAACAAAAAACUGGAGACAGAGUACUACAAAAUCCAAGAACAAUGUGUAAGACAAGGUGAAACGAGAGAGAAGUCCAGGAGUUCAGACAGUGCGAAUGUGCCGGAAGAGUUGGAUUUGGACUAGAAGUGAACGAUUUGUACAUAGCGAGGGAUGACUUGUCAUUCAGUACUGAAAUGAUGAACAAUAAAUUCUACAUAAAAAAGGAUCGAGAUGAAUUGAGACGAUGUGACGACCUGGCACCAUCACGAGCCCCAGUGCCCUCGCUUCUGUGUGAUCCUCGGAGAGAAAUUCCUCGCAUGAACCGAGAAUAACGUUAGCAUCUCGAUCAGUGCAUAAGAACGCACCUGUAAGGACCCUUCCAUCAGUCAUUUUUAUUCUCAACAGUCGAUUCAACCAGGAACGUAGCUUUCGUUUGCCAGAAGUCUCCUCACUCGGUGAUGUCUGUAUGAAAAAAAACCAGUGUAUCUGUAGCUAAAUGAUCUUAGAAAAGUGAUAAUGUGAUUUUGCCAUUGUUUUUGAACUAUUUUUAACAGAAUAAAAAAUAAACUGGGGCGCGAAAGAGUUUUUACAUUUA